AUGGUAGCACCUAAAUCUUUAUUGAAUGUAAAGUUCAACCCUGAGAGCAAAGACUUUUCCUACUUUAGUGAAAGCAAGGACGGUAUUUUAAAUUGCUGUUUGGCAUACAAUGUUGGCCUCCCAGAUGCAAAAAUAUUUUCCGGUCCUUCAAAUGAACAGUUUGGCUAUGCAGUGCAGCAAUUUAUAAGUCAAAAAGGCAACUGGUUACUGGUUGGUUCACCAUGGAGUGGCUUUCCUAAUAACCAAAUGGGAGAUGUGUAUAGAUGCCCUGUUGACCAAUCCACUGCUACAUGUGAAAAACUCAAUUUGCAAACUUCAACAAGUAUCCCAAAUGUUACUGAGAUAAAAAACAACAUGAAUCUUGGCUUGACCCUAACGAGGAACGUGGGAACCGGAGGGUUUCUUACUUGUGGUCCUCUAUGGGCACACCAGUGUGGGAAUCAGUAUUACACAACUGGUGUUUGUUCCGACGUUAGUCCUGAUUUUCAGCUUUUGGCCAGCUUUUCACCUGCAGUUCAGACCUGCCCUUCCCUCAUAGAUGUUGUGGUUGUAUGUGAUGAAUCAAAUAGUAUUUAUCCCUGGGAAGCAGUAAAGAAUUUUUUGGAAAAAUUUGUACAAGGCCUGGAUAUAGGUCCCACAAAGACACAGGUGGGGUUAAUUCAAUAUGCCAAUAAUCCAAGAGUUGUGUUUAACCUGAACACCUUCAAAACCAAAAAUGAAAUGGUUGCAGCAACAUCCCGGACAUAUCAGUAUGGUGGGGAUCUCACAAAUACUUUCAAAGCAAUUCAAUUUGCAAGAGAUUUCGCUUAUUCAGCAGCUUCUGGUGGACGACGAGGUGCUACCAAAGUAAUGGUAGUUGUAACUGAUGGUGAAUCUCAUGAUGGGUCAAUGUUGAAAGAUGUGAUAGAGCAAUGUAAUAAUGACAAUAUUCUGAGAUUUGGCAUAGCAGUUCUUGGGUACUUAAACAGAAAUGCCAUGAAUACCAAAAAUUUAAUAAAAGAAAUCAAAGCAAUUGCUAGUAUUCCAACAGAAAGAUAUUUUUUCAAUGUGUCUGAUGAAGCAGCUCUACUAGAAAAGGCUGGGACAUUAGGAGAACAGAUUUUCAGCAUUGAAGGUACUGUUCAAGGAGGAGAAAACUUCCAGAUGGAAAUGUCACAAGUAGGAUUCAGUGCAGACUACUCUCCUCAAAAUGACAUUCUGAUGCUAGGUGCAGUGGGGGCUUUUGACUGGAGUGGGACUGUUGUCCAGAAGACAUCUCAUGGACAAUUGAUCUUUCCUAAACAAGCAUUUGACCAAAUUCUGCAGGAUAGAAAUCACAGUUCAUAUUUAGGUUACUCUGUGGCCGCGAUUUCUGCUGAAAAAGGUGUCCACUUUGUUGCUGGUGCUCCUCGGGCAAAUUAUACUGGCCACAUCAUUCUAUAUAGUGUUAAUGAGAAUGGCAAUGUCACAGUUAUUCAGUCUCACAGAGGGGAGCAGAUUGGCUCCUAUUUUGGUAGUGUGCUGUGUUCAGUUGAUGUGGAUAAAGACACUAUUACAGAUGUGCUCUUGGUAGGUGCACCAAUGUACAUGAAUGACCUCAAAAAAGAGGAAGGAAGAGUCUACUUGUUUACCAUUAUAAAGGGCAUUUUGAAUCAGCAUCAAUUUCUUGAAGGACCUAAGGGCAUUGAAAAUGCUCGGUUUGGCUCAGCGAUUGCAGCUCUUUCUGACAUCAACAUGGAUGGCUUUAAUGACGUGAUCGUUGGCUCACCUUUAGAAAACCAGAAUUCUGGAGCUGUCUACAUUUACAAUGGUCAAGAGGGCACCAUUCGCACUAAGUAUUCCCAGAAAAUCCUGGGAUCCGAUGGAGCCUUCAGGAGCCGUCUGCAGUUCUUUGGGAGAUCUUUGGAUGGCUAUGGAGAUUUAAAUGGGGAUUCCAUCACUGAUGUGUCCAUUGGUGCUUUUGGACAAGUAGUUCAACUUUGGUCACAAAGUAUUGCUGAUGUGGCUGUAAAAGCUUCAUUCAGCCCAGAAAAAAUUAUUUUGUUCAACAAAAAUGCUGAGAUAAUCCUCCAACUCUGCUUCACUGUGAAGUUUAGGCCUACUAUGCAAAAUAAUCAAGUGGCCAUUAUGUUUAACAUCACACUUGAUGCAGAUGGAUACUCAUCCAGAAUAACCUCCAGGGGUCUAUUUGAAGAAAAUAAUGAACGGUACCUGCAAAAGAAUAUGGUACUAACACUAGCAAAAUCAUGCUCCCAGUACAAGAUUCACAUACAGAGACCAACUGAUAUUGUCAACGCUUUGCCUCUGCGUGUGGACAUUGGUCUGGAAAACCCUGGUACCAGCCCUGCCCUUGAAGCCUAUUCUGAGACUGUCAAGGUCUUCAGCAUUCCUUUCUAUAAAGACUGUGCUGGGGAUGGAGUUUGCAUCUCUGAUCUGGUCCUAGAUGUCCAACAGCUGCCAGCUGCUCAGGAACAACCUUUUAUUGUCAGUAGCCACAACAAAAGGUUGACAUUUUCGGUAACACUGAAAAAUGAAGGGGAAAAUGCAUACAACACUGCAAUUGUUGCUGAAUUUUCAGAAAACUUGUUUUUUGCUUCACACUCCAUGCCGGGUGAUGGAACAGAAGUAACAUGCCAGGUUGGUUCUUUACUGAAGUCUGUUACCUGUGACGUGGGCUACCCUGCUUUAAAGAAAAAUCAACAGGUGACUUUUACUUUUAACUUUGACUUUGAUCUUCAAAAUGCUCGGAAUCAGGCAUCUGUCCAUUUCCAAGCCUUCAGUGAAAGCAAGGAAGCAAACACAGCAGAUAAUUCGAUCAACCUCAAAAUUCCUCUCCUGUAUGAUGCUGAAAUUCAUUUAACCAGAUCCACCAACAUAAAUUUUUAUGAAGUCUCCUCAAAUGAGAAUGUUCCUUCUAUUGUGCACAAUUUGGAAGAGAUUGGUCCAAAAUUCAUCUUUUCCCUUAAGGUAACAACAGGAAGUGUUCCAGUAAGCAUGGUAUCUGUAGUCAUCCACAUCCCUGAGUACACCAAAGAAAAAAACCCACUAAUGUACCUGACUGGGGUGGACACAGACCAGGCAGGUGACAUCAGUUGUAAAGCAGAAAUAAAUCCAAUGAAAAUAGGACAGAGACUUUCUUCUGUGUCUUUCAAGAGUGAAAAUUUCCGGCAAAUAAAAGAACUGAACUGCAGAACUGUUACCUGUAGGAAUGUCACAUGCUGGCUGAAAGACCUUCACAAAAAAAGAGAGUACUUCAUCAAUGUGACAACCAGAGUUUGGAAUGGGACUUUUGCUGCAUCAACUUUCCAGACAGUACAGCUGACUGCAGCUGCAGAAAUCGACACCUAUAACCCUCAGAUAUUUGUGAUCGAAGAAAACACUGUCACGAUUCCCCUUAUGAUAAUGAAGCCCAAUGAGAAAGCUGAAAUACCAAUAGGAGUUAUAGUCGGAAGUGUAAUUGCUGGAAUCCUUUUGCUGAUGGCUCUGGUUGCAAUUUUAUGGAAGCUCGGCUUCUUCAAAAGACAGUAUGAGAAAAUGUUGAAAAAUCCAGAUGAGACUGAUGAGACCACAGAACUCAACAGCUGA